AUGGCAGUAGCUGAAAAGGUAGAGCAUAAGAAGAAGAAAGGUAACUUGUUGCGUCAUUUUUUACCUUUUAGCCAUGAAUUAUUCUCAUUAUUAAGAGAACAAUAUAAUGUAGCUCAAAUGAAGUUUGUCACAAAGUUCUUCCAAGCCAGUGUUAAUUGCAAGAAAAAUCAAAAUUUCUUUUGGUCCAUCAGUAGGGUAACUGCUACCAUAGUUUCAAUCAGCGAUUUACGUCAAUUACAUUCUUUUCCAUUACAUCCUACCACUUGUUUCUCUAUCCAACAAUUUCAAUGGCAAGGGGUGGGAACUAGCUAUGGUCAGAAGAUUAUUGGAUUUAUUCAUCCACCUGUGACUAGUGAUUAUACUUUUUCACUGACAACCGAUGGCAAAGCAGAAUUAUGGAUUAGCACAAACAAAAAUCCUUCCAAUGCAGCUAGAAUUCUAUACCAUGAUCAAUCGAAAGAAUCAGCUAAGCAACAGGAAAAGCACUCUAUUAAUCAUUAUCCAUCGAUAGAAUCUCAAAAAAUGAAGCUAACUGCACCUGGUAAAUAUUAUAUUCAAGUCUUAUAUACCAUGAUUGCACCUGAAGGAUUAAUUCAACUCCGUUGGAAAUAUCAAUUUCGUAAUAAAACUGAGAGUAGUUACCUACCUAUCCAGGGAAAUUCUAUCUCUAUGCCAGAUCCAAACAAUUACCUUUUACCGUCUACGAUAGAUAAAUCUUCCUCGAAAUAUUUACCACAGAAACAAGAACCAGCUAAGCAGAAAUCGAUUGAUUUUGCAAGCAAUAACGAUCCUGCCAGCUAUUCAAGUCGAUAUCAUACCUUGCCAUUUUUGCCACGACAUUUUCUUACUGGUGCAUUACCUGCGUCAACUUAUGGCAAUCCUAGCUAUGUCAUCGCUAGCAAAAGAUUUCGCGGUCGAUAUCGUCAACUAAUGCAAUUUCUACUUACAGUGCCGUACAGCAUUUAUGGAAAAUUUACUGUCAUGACUCAAUAUGGCGACCAUAUUAUUCAUUGUAAUCGAUUACUCGAUCCAGGAUUAGCUCAUCAAAUUGCCAAUCAGUUUAUGUAUAAAUUGAAUCAACAUGAAGCAGAGCAUCAAUAUAAGUUGCUCAAAAUUGUCGGGAUAGAAGAAAAAAUUGAUCAACAAAGAGGGAAACGUUACUUGGUUGACUUAGUCAUCCAAUCGAAAGUAAAUCAACGAAUUUGGCGAGUCUCUGAGUACUUAUUUUACUCUUCGCAUUUACAAACAUUAUGUCAAUUGAGUGAUCUACAAUGGGAUCCAACAACUAAUGUUAAUAUAGUCUUAAUGCUUGACCAUCGACAUUAUGGUCCGACUUUUAAUUUGUUAUUUACCAACUUUGUCCAUCGACUGAAUCAAUAUUACAACAGCAGCCGUGAUAGUUUCUUUAAAUUGUACAUAAUUGAUUGCAAAAUAAUCCAUCCAGCGAUUAAAGAGAUUCUAAAACGAAGCUUAUUCAUCCGACAUGAGAUCAUCCAACUUAGUCCUUAUUGCAAUUAUACCUUGUUAGCUGGAUUAGAAGGUGUUAUAUCACGUAUCGUUGACCUUGAAUCAAUAGUUUUACAUUAUGAUAUCAAAUUACAAUUACCAGACGAUUUAUUGGAUAAUGUUAGAAAAAGAUCCAUAAGGAGAAAAUCAUUUUAUUUACCUAUUCCUUUCCAGGAACGAUGUAGGCACAACUCUGCCGCACCAAACGGCAUAUGGAAAAUGAAUCAGUUUGAUGCUAUUGCUUAUUACUCGAGUGAUUUACUUAAGAUAAUUAAUGAGGGCAAUGCUUAUUCGAUAUCUCGUGCUGUUGAUCAUAGAGAUUCUGGUGCAAUCGUGGCAGAUUUCAUUAAUGAACCACUGGAGCAAGAAAGAUUAUGCCAUCCAAAACUGACUUAUGUGCAAGUAUAA